CUUGUUUGGCGGCACAGCUAAUCCGUACAAGUAAACUGCUUCUGUUCAAACCGGCUCUAGAUAACUAAUAACCUUUCUCAACGUCUAGCCCGGCUAAUCGACAAAUCAUUCGAGGACAAUGAAAAAACUCAAAGAUCAAAAGAAAAAGAAAAUCAAGCACACAUGAAUAGCCGUACGGCUGUGUCUCACCAUAUCAAGGCAAAAACAAGAAAAAAGGAUCUCGCAACAUACAAGGAUCCGUGUGCGGAUGUCAUAUUUCGGCGAUGGCUGCUUCCCCGAGCACACCAAGGGGAGGGUGACCGACCUAACCAGUCAGUGGUGGCGGCAUAACCUCCCUCUUUGGCCUUUGGAGAAUUCCUCUUUAUUUUUAAGACGAAAUGCUUUGCUUUCAGACUUGAGAUUAUCAAUUUCGUGAAGAUACCCGUCCCAAAGACGAAAGCGGACGAAGAAGAACGAGCUAUACGCCCAUUUACGGACAGCUCUAAGUAGAGUAGUAUAUGAAGGAGAGUGAAAUAUCCUCCCACCCAAUAUCCUCCUACUCUCAACGAUGUUAUCCAAUAUCCAUUUCAUUGCCCCAGUAGAGAUGAUGCUCUGCCUGGUCUUCGUCCUUCUCAUCUCCCCAUUCCUCCUGACCUGGGUAUUUACUAGCGUCAAGGCACGUUGCGAGUUCCAGCAAGGGAGAGAGCCCCCCUUGAUCCCUUAUGCCAUACCAUGGCUUGGUCAUGGACUGUUCUUCCGCCGCGGAACGACUCGUUUCUCGAGCUGGGUUAGGGGAAAAUAUCCUAGUCUUCCCGUGUCGAGAACAUUAAUGGCAGGGAAUUACCUGUAUACAGUUUUCGACACUAAACUGGCAAGCCAGAUAGAUCGCCGCCCAAAGCUAUUCACCUUCGAUCCCAUCGUGCUGCUCGUGAAUAAAGCAUUCGGAGCCCCUCAAGCCGACCUUAAAAUCCUUGAGAAAGGUCCCACUGGUCCAAACGGUGCAGGUGACGGCCAAGGCCUGAUCCCUGAACUCCAUCGACAACAUAUCCCUGGCCUCAGUGGUAUAAAUCUACCCCCGAUGGUAUCUAAAUUCAACGAGGUUUUGACUGCAAGCUUAGAACAGGCGUUUUCAAUGAAAGAAAGCCAUGGUAACAGCGGCACAUGGAAAACUCUGGACUUUAACGAGUUCCUGAUGCGGCAUUAUACGCUUGCUUCCAUUCCGAUGAUAAUGGGGACUCGUCUCAUGGAAGUUUGGCCCCAAGCAUAUGAAGAUCUUUGGGAAUUUGAUUCAUGGGCAUUGGCACUUACGACGAACUUACCCGGCAUAUUUAUUCCAGAGGCUGCUGCAAGUCGAAGCGCGAUGGUUUCUGUCUUAGAACGAUGGGAAGAGGAAGCAACCAAGCACCGAAAAUUUGAAGACGUGGAAUCGGAAGAUCCCGCGUGGGAUGAAUAUUGGGGAGCCAGGUUGAUGAGGCAAAGACACCGUACAUUUCUAAACAAUGGCAUCAGUAAACGAGGGCGGGCUGUUUUCCACCUCAGCCUUAUGUGGGCAACAAAUGCAAAUGCCAUCCCGGCCGCGACAUGGAUGCUGAUACAUUGCGUUCUCGACCCGCAGCUCUACGGUCGAGUUCGUCGCGCAAUAGCAUUGUCUCAGAAACAAGAUGGCACGCUAGACAUCGGAACCCUAGCCACAAACAAGCUCAUAAAAUCGCUAGUCCUUGAGGUACUUCGGCUAUACGUUUCGUCACCAUCAGUGCGGCUUGUCUUGGAAACGACUGAGCUUGGGGGUUACGUGUUUCGCAAGGGAGGAACGAUAUUUAUUCCCGGCAGAGAAUUGCAAACAGAUCCAGAUGUUUGGUCUCCGGACGGCACGUUUGUGGAUGCUUCUGAAUUCUGGGCGGAAAGGUUUAUUGACAAAGAACCAGACGAUAACGAAAACACGGGAGCAGAGAUUAACGCGGAUACGAAAUUGGAGAACCUGGGUGGACAGAAUGUGAUAAUUGAAACUGGAUUGACCCUGUCGGCGGACGCGAUGUCGAUACCCGGCAAGGCAAGAUCAAAGCCGCUCAGAGAACGAAUGUACUCCAUGCGUCCCUUUGGAGGAGGCACCUCCUUCUGCCCUGGAAGGAACCUCGCGAUGUAUGAGGUCGUUGUUGGCAUGGUGGCCAUAUUGUCGGCAUUUGAUAUCGAAGUAGAUAAGGAAGCACUGGCUUCGAAUGGAAUGCCGCAACCAAACACUAACUUGUCGGGAACAAUGGGCCCAGAUAGGCCGUUUAUGGUGAGAAUGAAGAAGCGAGAGACUGCGGAAUAGAGCCCACAGGGCUUAGGUAGAGAUUCCAAGAAUAUGGCGGAGUAGGGGUAUGAAAUUAUUGAAGACAUAUGGAGAUAGAACGAUAGGGAGGAUGCAGGAUUAGUGUUUAUUUCUAGUUAGCAAACGACAGCGACAGAUGUAUGGAUAUAUAUGAAGAAAGUAGCAAAAUAGUCUAGGAUUUCAAUGAGAUCGGAGGGAAACUCUCGAACAAUCAAUGAUCAGCCAUUAUAUACAUACAUAAAGUCAUAAGUCAUACUCGG